UUGAAAUUUAUGUGUUUAUGUUAUCUUAUCGCGCUUAUCGCCCAUGUCCUUAUUUAGAGAAGUGCAAACACUGGUGAUGGUUAAGUUCAAAAGGCAAGACAAUUCGGCCGCAACAUAUGUCAGCAAGUGGUAAUUUGUGUUACACAGACAUAAGGGAAAAAUUGUUACAAAAUGCAUACGGAAAACCUCUACUGAUAGAAAUGGUGGUAAAUUUUAUCAACACUUGUCGUCUGUGUAUGGCAGAGAAACAAUCUUUGCUGCCCCUAUUUGAUGAAGGUGGAUCUCUUCCUGAUAGAAUCAUGACAUUGGUGCCUUUGGUGAAGAUGUUUGCUGGUGAUGGCCUUCCAGCUCAGGUGUGUGAACACUGUGUUCACAAGGUGAAUGAAUCUUUCAACUUCAAGCUGCAGUGUGAGAGGUCGGAUGCUACAUUACGGCACCUUAUCAGUGCACAGCUACCCAGAGCUGGAACUGAUGAAUAUUGCUGGACACUUACUGAAGUCAAAGUUGAAGUUAAUGAUGAAACUACCAUUGAAGAGAACAGUAUCCCUGUAAUGAACAAUGAGGAACAGAGACUGGUUGAGGAAUCCAAUUUUCUUCAAGGCAGUGAAAGCAUGUGGCCUAAUCUUCCUCCUAGAACCUCUUCUAGUGAGCACAGUGACAACAACGUGCAUGUUCCUGUAGUGGACAAGUUUGAAGUAAAAUCUGAGAAAUCAUUGGCUGAGAAGACAUAUAACAAGAACUUUACCACAGAAAGACAAAAGCGUGAUGUGAAAGAAACUAGUAAUCAGCAGCAAGGCAUGCAGAAUAAGAAGGUAAAAGACCAAAGUGUGGCACAAGAUGAUAAUAUUAGUGCAGAUGAAGGUGCUGCCCAGAGAUGGUUACCUGGAAGUAAAGGUUCCUUGAAAACAGACAAUUCAAAUGAUUCGUGUUUACAAGAAGAGAAAAGUGUUAAAAAUGUGCCUGAGGACAUUUUGAAUAAAGGUGUAGAUGGGUUACAGACAAAAUCAAAUCCUGAGGUUAACAGAAAGCGGUUUCUGUGUCAUGAUUGUGGGAAAAUUUUCACCUUGAAACAUCAGCUUCAAGGCCAUUUGCGAACUCAUACAGGUGAAAAACCUUACUGUUGUUCUGUGUGUGGGGAGGUAUUUGGUUUUGCAAGUUGUUUGAGGAAGCACAUGAGGAUCCAUACAUUAGAAAAACCGUACCUGUGCACUGUGUGUGGGCGGAGCUUUAGUCGUGGUGACACACUCACGAAACACAUGAGGGGACACACAGGCGAGAAACCGUACCACUGUACGGUGUGUGGAAAUAACUUUGGACGACGAAGCACUCUCAUUAACCACAUGAGAGCACACAUGGGAGAAAAACGUUACUUGUGUACUGAAUGUGGGUGGAGAUGUGUUCAAAGUUAUGACUUAACAAAACACAUGAAGUGUCAUUCAGCUGAGAAGCCUGUACGUUGCAAAGUGGAAAGCAAGGGUCUAACAUAUGUAUGAACAAAGAACAAUUUUGUCUACUCACACAAGCGCUAUGAAUGAUGAUAAAACACUGUGUACUGAAUGUUAUUUGUUCUUUGCUGUUUGUAGUACAGAUUUAUCAAGAUAGGUAGAAAUACAAUGGCAUGUACUAUUGAAAUCAAAUAUUCCUGAUUUAAAACCACAGUGGACUGAAUAA